AUGGCGCCACCAAUCACAAUUGUGCCGUCUAUUGAGACAGCGAAGGAGGUGAUUAACCAGUCGAGAAAUUCGAAAUUUCCUCCAAAUCUCCUCCCCCUCACUGCGUCAAUUCCCGCCGACCUACUGACGCCGACACUCGCCUACUUGAAACUUGCUGAAAAAUCCAAAUUAUCAUUCCUAUACGAGAGUGCUGCAACGACAGAGACGAUUGGGAGAUAUAGUUUUGUCGGCGCCGAUCCUCAUACAGUCCUCAAGACCGGGCCUGGACAUGGUCCUGAGACGGAUCCUCUUCCAAUCUUGGAAGACAAACUAUCAAAAUUUCGAGUUGCGACGGUGCCUGGUUUGACCCUUCCACCUCUCACUGGUGGCGCCAUUGGCUAUGUGGGAUACGACUGUGUCAAAUAUUUCGAACCUAAGACUGCGCGACCCUUGAAGGACAUUCUCGGUAUCCCGGAAUCACUAUUCAUGCUGUUCAACACUAUAGUCGCGUUCGAUCACUUCUUCCAGGUCGUCAAGGUCGUCACUUACAUCCCUAUCUCGGAUACCGACGCGGAGCUCGACACAAACUACAAGCAGGGCCAGGCCGCCAUCCAGCGCAUUAUCGACACCCUUCUCCGACCAGACAUCCCCUUGCCUCCACAGGGACCGAUCAUCCCGAACCAGGAGUACACAUCCAACAUCGGACGGGAAGGAUAUGAACGGCAUGUCGUAAAACUGAAGGAGCACAUUGCGAAGGGUGAUAUAUUCCAGACUGUGCCCUCACAACGGCUUUCUCGUCCGACCUCGCUCCAUCCUUUCAACCUAUUCCGCCAUCUCCGCACUGUCAACCCCUCCCCAUACCUAUUUUACAUCGACUGCGAGGACUUUCAGUUGGUCGGCGCCAGUCCAGAGCUUCUGGCCAAGGAAGAAAAGGGACGUAUUAUCACUCAUCCCAUCGCCGGAACGGUGAAGCGUGGAAAGACUCCCGAGGAGGAUGAGCAGCUUGCCGAGGAGCUCCGAGGGAGCUUGAAAGACCGCGCAGAACACGUUAUGUUGGUGGAUUUGGCGCGCAAUGACGUGAACCGUGUCUGUGACCCGAUCACUACUCAAGUUGACCGCCUAAUGGUCGUCGAAAAAUUCUCCCACGUCCAGCACUUAGUGUCACAGGUGUCUGGAAUUCUGCGACCGGAAAAGACUCGGUUCGACGCAUUCCGGUCGAUUUUCCCAGCAGGUACAGUCUCUGGUGCGCCGAAGGUGCGGGCUAUGCAAUUGAUUGCCGAGCUGGAGGGCGAGAAGCGAGGGGUCUACGCUGGCGCAGUCGGAUACUUUGGAUUCAACAUCGCGACCGUUGACGGAUCCAAAGAGCUUCCCGGUGCAAUGGACACCUGUAUUGCGCUGCGCACGAUGCUUGUGAAGGACGGUGUGGCAUAUCUCCAGGCUGGAGGUGGCAUCGUCUUUGACUCAGACCCGUACGAUGAGUAUGUAGAGACGCUCAACAAGCUGGGGGCGAAUAUUGCAUGUAUCAAGGGAGCGGAAGAAAAGUACUUAAGCUUGGAGGGAAAACAUUAA